AUGGGUGCAGGUGGGAACACUUGUUCGUGUUCGACCACUGCUCUCUCGUGCGGGAACCGCUGUUCGACCGCGUCGUCGUCGCGCGGGAGCCACUGCUCGUCCGCGUCGUCAUUACGCGGGAGCCACUGCUCGUCCUCGUCGGACUCCUCGCUGCAAAGCGAGGAGACAUCAUCACUCGUGCGUAGGGGCACGGAACAAUUAGUACAGAGAGGGCCAUCGCUCACUCUGUGUACCGCCAGUGUCGUGGACGUACGAUCCACGACUGUUACGUUCGGUAAAUCGGUUGGAGACACCAAGAGAUGGGUGAACACUUCGCUGACGUUGAACUUGCUUCAACGUCUCACUGAUCUGGCUAACCACUCGAUCUGGAACUUAGAGCGUGCCAACCAUGGCAUGCCCAGGAUGCAAUCGAAUGCAUAA